ACAGGUUCACUUAUCGUUACAAGACGACAACAAUCAGAAGCAUACCAUAAAGCAGACCACUACGUAUGCUGCGUCCACUGUAAAGGGUAUUAUAGCAUCACUUCGGCAAGAACUCAUAUUAGUAAAUGCUCUAAUAAAAAAAAUAAACGGAACAAUUUCAUUGAAGGUAGGAAAAUCACUCAAUACGUACACGAAUUGGCAAACACAGAAAUGAAAACAGCGAUUUUUCCCGUUCUACGAAACGAUGAAAUUACACAGGCCAUUCGGUAUGACGAACUAAUAAUUAGAUACGGCAACAGGUUAUCCGAAAAGUUACCUGAUAUUCACCACCAUGAUCAAAUCCGAGCGAACAUGAGACUCUUGGGUCGAUUCAAAAUUGAGUGCAUAAAAUUACAUCCUGAAAUAAAGGAGUUGAAGGAAAUUUUUAAGCCACAUUUGUUUGAUAUGACAAUUGAAGCAUUACGCAAAACUGCAAAGUGGGAGUUUGGUCGGGGGUUUUCUACUCCAGCAGUUGCCACCAACUUAUCUGGUUUGAUAAAAAAAUGUGCGAACAUACAAAAGAAUGAGUUCAUAAAAAAUCAAAAUAUUGAUAUGAAAGACCUUUUGGACAAUUUUGUUUCAUUGUGGGUUGAAGAGACUCCCACUCAAAUAAAUAAAACAGCUAUUGAAGAUAGAGAAAACAAAAAAAGAUCUAAGAAGGAAGAUUUGCCAAACAAAAAAGAUAUCAAACAACUUUAUGAUUUUCUAAGAACCAAAAUGGUAUAUUCUAUAGCUACAUUAACUAAACAAUUUAUCUUUGAUGAUUGGAAAAAUCUUUUGGAAACUACUCUAAUAUGUCUACAAGUGUUCAAUCGACGACGAGCCGGUGAGAUCGAGAGAAUAACUAUUGAAAACUACAAUAAGAAGGAAACUAUUACUGACAAUAUAGAAGCUGGAUUUAUUGAUAAUAUUUCUAACCAAUCUUUUGAAUUCGCUAAACAGUAUGUAAGAAUUACCCUAAGAGGCAAAUUAGGACGUACUGUCAGCAUAUUGCUGGAUCCUUUAAGUAGAAAGGCAGUUGACCUUAUAUUAAAGCAUCGCAACAGUGCCGGAAUCCCGAAAUCAAAUCACUAUAUUUUCUCGGCUCCCGGAUCAUCAGGAAUAUCAAAAAAAUAUAUAAGAGCUUGCCCGUUAUUACGCAAGUUUGCCUUAGAGUGUGGGGCUACUAUUCCUCACACAUUAAGAGGAACUAAAUUAAGGAAGCAUAUAGCAACGUAUACAGCUUUGCUAAACGUUGAAGAAGCCACAGUGGAUAAGCUAGCAAAUUUUCUUGGGCACCAUAAGGAUAUACACAAAAGUAUUUAUAGAGUAUCGGUACCAAUGGCGGAAAUCACUACAGUGUCCAAGAUUUUGCUGUCAGCUGCUGGUUGUAGGAAUGAGGAAAACUCCGAAAAUAAUAGUUUUGAUAAUCUUCGUGGAAACAUAUCUUCCGAAUCUGAGUCAUCAUCUGAUGAAUCAGAUAAUAUUACAUAUGGCGCAAAUUUGGUAAAAAAGAAAAUUAGUAAUACUUCUUGCGGAAAAACAAAAAAAUGCCGGUGGACAAUCGAUGAGCAAGAAGCUUUGACUGCUGAAUUUGGGGAUAUUUCUUCAAUGGAAAAGUUGCCAUCUCUCAAGGAGUGCAUGAGGGUCGUGUCUGAAAAUGAAGUGCUAUGCUGCAGAACCCCAGCACAAGUAAAAACGUUUAUAGACAACAAAAGGAAAAAAGGCAAAAAAAAUUAAGCAAUCUCUUCAACAAUAAUUUUCCAAAACCCUUUUCGGGUAGUUAUUUUACAAUGCAAUGUUGUUAAAUUAAUAUAUGCACAAUGUGCACUAAAUCUUGUAUUAAUUUCAUAUUGUAGAUACAAAAUAUGUGACCAACAAUUUUUCCAUUAGGUCUUGUAGUAAAUU